GCGGAGCAGGCCAUGGCGCAGCUGUGCGGGCCGAGGCGGGGCCAGGCGCUUCUUGCCCUGCUGGCAUCACUGCUCCUCUCCGAGGUCCUAGAGGCCAACGGAGAAUGCGGCAUCCACGACUUUUGCCUGGCUUCGAAGGUGGUGGGCAGAUGCCGGGCCUCCAUGCCUAGAUGGUGGUACAAUGGCACUGAUGGGUCCUGUCAGCUGUUUGUGUAUGGGGACUGUGAUGGAAACAGCAAUAAUCACCUGAGCAAGGAGGAGUGUCUCCAGAAAUGUGCUGCUGUCACAGAGAAUGCCAUGGGUGACCUGGCCACCAGCAGGAAUGCAGCAGAUUCCUCUGUCCCAAGUGCUCCCAGAAGACAGGACUCUGAUGACCACUCCAGCGAUAUGUUCAACUACGAAGAAUACUGCACCGCCAAGGCAGUCACUGGGCCUUGCCGUGUGGCCUUCCCAUGCUGGUGCUUUGACGUGGAGAGGAACUCCUGCGACAACUUCAUCUAUGGAGGGUGCCCGGGCAAUAAGAGCAGCUACCUCUCUGAGGAGGCGUGCAUGCUCCGCUGCUUCCGCAAGCAGGUGGAUUCUUCCCUGCCGCUUGGCACAAAGGUGGUGGUUCUGGUGGGGCUGUUUGUGAUGGUGCUGAUCCUCUUUCUGGGAGCCUCCAUGGUCUACCUGAUUCGGGUGGUGCGGAGGAACCAGGAGCAGGCUCUGCAUACCAUCUGGAGCUCCGGAGACAACGAGGAGCACCUGGUGUAGAACACAUACGUCCUGUCACUGCCCUGUCGCCAAGAGGACCAGGGAAGGGAGGGGAGACUAUGUGUGUGCGUUUUCAAAAGAGAGCGAUUGACUUGGAUUUGUGCAAUCAUUAGGGCUGAGGUCUGUUUCUCUGGGAGGUAGGAAGCUCUUCCUGGCCUGGUGGGGAUGGGUUUGCUUUGCAAGUCCUCUAGGGAGGCUCCUCCUCACAUGUGUAGCCUGUGGUCUGGCGGCAGCCCUGAGUUGUUUCCUCACUGGUAGAUUUCUUUCCUCCAGGUAGAGUUUUCUUUGCUUAUGUUGAAUUCCAUGGCCCUUUUUCUCAUCACAAAAGUGAUGUUAUAAUCGUUUCUUUUGUUUGUCUGAUUUUUGUGUUUUUUAAAGUGUAAACAGAAGUUUUUUAUUAGCAUUCCUGAAAGUAAAAUGUACGAGUUUAAUAAAAAGGGGCCUUCCCCUUUA